CGGCAAAAUGGCGGCCUGAACCGAGCGCAUGGGUCCUGGUCGAGUUAGUUGGUUGGCUGGGUGGGUGGCUGGGUGGGGGAGGUAAAGUUUGCGGCGGGUGCUGAGCGCUUUCUCAAUGGCGCCGUCAGGGCCGGGCGUCGGGCAGAAGUACGCCCGUCCAGCGCAGCCGAGUGAGCAGAAGGCCUCUUAACCCCCCGGCGCCCCUCAGUGCAUAAUAGUCACAAACGCUCCACAGUUUGAAGAGCUGCGGGGGCUUCUUUCGCGUUGCUGCCAAGAGCUCAUUGCAGCUUCCUCCCGGUGGCGCUUCUUCGCUUCAGAGCCCGAACCUGUCGAGGUAAUCCUCAAAAGUAACCCCGGAGAAGGUCCCUUCUCUCGCAGCUACUGAACCGUCCGGGUAGGAGGGGAAAUGGGCGGGAACUAGCCUAGCCUUGGCUCCAGUCUCCAGCUUUUGCUGCGGCUGGAGUACCUGAACUUCCUCCUCCCAAGAAGAAAGGUUUCAGGAGUCGUUGGUCAGAUGCUGUUGGAUGUAGUCAGAAAACCACAGACUCAGACUUGGGAGGACAAAACAUGUUUGAACAGGACAUCACUGGGUCUGUCAUUGGAUCAAAUGCCUUCUUCAUGAGGCGUCAAAUUGUAACCAAGGCUGGUGACCUGUUGUGAAAGUCAAGCAGGAGGGACAAUGACAAGCACAGUACCUUCCAAGAAGCCUUACCGCAAGGCUCCUCCCCAGCACCGUGAGAUUCACCAUGAGCUGCCCAUCCUGCGUGAUGACCAAGAUGGUGUGAUUUUGGCAGAACAGAGUCAGGAACCCUUAACAGAUGCAGAAAGGAUGAAGUUGUUGCAGCAUGAAAAUGAGGAGCUGCGUCGGCGUCUGGCCUAUGUCACCAACAAAAUGGAGGCAAUGGAGAGAGAGUUAGAGUCUGGUCAAGACUAUUUGGAGAUGGAGUUGGGCCAGAAUCGUGAGGAACUAGAAAAAUUCAAGGACAAAUUCCGUAGGUUGCAGAACAGUUACACAGCUUCACAAAGAACCAAUCAGGAUUUGGAGGAGAAGCUGCAUGCCUUGGCCUCUCUCAGUCAAAGCUGGAUUUUUGCAAUUAAAAAGGCUGAGAUGGAUCGGAAAACCCUUGAUUGGGAGAUUGUGGAGCUCACUAAUAAGCUUCUUGAUGCCAAAACAACUAUCAAUAAACUGGAAGAGCUUAAUGAGCGUUACCGACUGGACUGUAACCUGGCAGUGCAGCUCCUGAAGUGCAACAAAUCUCACUUUCGGAACCAUAAAUUUGCUGAUCUUCCUUAUGAACUGCAAGAUAUGGUUAACAAGCACCUACAUAGCACUCGGGAGUCCUCAGGUCCUGGCCAGGAGGCCCCUCACACCUUAGCCCCAUCUGAUGUUGUACCCACCUCAGUCAUUGCUAGAGUUUUGGAGAAGCCAGAAUCGCUGGUGCUGAACUCGGCCAAAUCCAGCAGCGGCAGUUGCUCUAUGGCUGAGGAUGUCUUUGUGCAUGUAGAUAUGAGUGGAACGCUGCCUGAUGCUUGUCCAAGCCCAGGACAGCCUGGAAAUGAGCUAACAGAGGGAUUGAGACAGCAAAACGGGAGUUGCAAGCCCCAGAGCUGCUUAGAGAGCCUACCUGGUGAGGUGCCCACUUUUGAGAAACUGAGUCCCUACCCCACCCCACCCCCUCCCCAUCCCAUGUAUCCAGGUCGCAAGGUGAUUGAGUUUUCUGAAGACAAGGUGAGGAUCCCAAAGAACAGCCCCCUGCCAAAUUGUACUUACGCCACACGCCAGGCAAUCUCCUUGAGCCUGGUUCAGGGGGAAGAUGAAAACUCUGACCGGCAGCGCACACUUCCUAGCAGCCCUGCCUCAGAAGGCCAGCGCUCAGCCUCCAGUUGCUCUUACCAGCCAUCCCCAAAGGUGAGUCGAGCCCAUGGAUCCACACAGAGCAGCCCCUUCAGCAGCCCGCCGCAGGUUCCCAGUACUUUUGCCAGUUCAGCCAGCUCAGAAGAGGAUUUGCUGGCUAAUUGGCAGCGGAUGUUUGUGGAAAAGGCUCCCCCUACCACAGAGCGUGUGCUAGUGAACCGCACAUCAUUUAGCCGUGACACGGCUCAGGAGCUCCAGAAGCGCUUCAGCCGCUCCAUGCAGGAGUUGGGUCGGGCAUCCUCUGCCUGCUCAGAUGGUGAGGAGUCUGUCCAGAGUUGCAGCUGGACUGUGAGCAGAGACUCGAGUUUGGACACAGACAGCACAGAAUCCCGGGCUCGCCGGAGUCACUUUUCGUCUGACUACGGGACAGACUUCUCUCAGGAUGAAGCCCGCAAAUUACUGCAAGAGAGUGGUAAUGAGGUGUUGGCAGAACCUACCACUUCUUCACCAGAAAAGCACAAAGACUAUGUGGACCUGGAUUCACCUGGGAGCCUAGCUGAAGAACAGGAAAUGCCGUUGCAGGGAAGUAAGGGAAACAGCCAAGAGAGCAUUUCAGAACAGAGCAGGGAGUGCAAGAGCAAGCCACCUUCUGGUCGCCCACAUCGCAGCCCCAAGAGAAUGGGGGUUCAUCACCUCCAUCGCAAAGACAGCCUGACACAGGCUCAGGAGCAAGGUAACUUGCUCAAUUGAGGGCAGGGAGGAAGACAGGCCUUGGCUGCCCAGGAACAGUGUUGCAUCCAAUUCCCAAGGGCUGUGCCUCUAGUCCUGAGGUCCAAAGGAUGACCAUCAUGGUACUCCUCACCAGGAAUUCCAGGCCAUUUUUUAUAUUUAUUGUAUUUUUAAUACAAGUAAAGAGUAGAGACGGCUCUUUUGCAGCACCGUGGCAAAACACUUGGGUGUACACCAGCACGCCCCUUUGUGCUAGUGUCCACAUCUCUUGCACUCAUUCCCAUUCUGUCAAACCCAAGCUUUGCCUUCAUGCUCCUGUUCCUUGCUAAUGCCACAUCCCAUUAUUGAUUCUGAGUUAUCCUAGGACCCCUCAAGUCUAUUCCUUCCUUUUUGAUUUUUGUUUAAAAAAAUAGAAACACACUGUCCCUGUUUUUUCCCCCUAAAUCUUUCAUGAAUUUGCCUCGUGAUGGCUUCCAUGGGUGGGGACUCUCAGUUGUGUGGUCUCUGUUGCUUUUAUUUUGAGGAAUUUGCUUUUGUUUCUUCCAGUUAGUAUGUGGAUAUUCAUAGCUGUGAAGAGUGUGGAUGAUGCUCUGAGGUCACCUCUGCUGUUUCCUUGUCUCCUGAGUCAUGAGCCAGGCGUAAUAUGUACUGGGAGUGCAUACUUCAGACACUGAAACCAAGGGCUCCUUCUGCCAGACUGAGCCUCAGAGCUUCUCUCAGUCACCCAGCAAAACUAAGCUGGACUGUUUGCCAUAAUGGGCUGGGUUGUGUGUAUCUGUCUCUGUCAUGUCAACUUUCAUGUCAAUAGUCUUUAUCACAUUUCGGUGGUGUUAGACUAUGUAUGUAUUUCUACUUUCAUUUAGGUCCUGGCUUUUAAAAUAUGCUGGUCUCUCUGUAGUAAAUGAGCAAAGAAUCUGCAGCAGGAGGUAAGAGAGAACCUGCUCUGCAAGAAAUGAUGCAUCUCAUUGCUCAUCUUUGGUGUUACCAUGGGUGCUUCCAAACAGAGGGCUCAUAGCACUACCAGUUGAAAGACCUUGGGCAGCUAUUCUGUCAUUUUUUCCCCUUAAUGGAAUUUCUGCAGGCUGCACUAAAAAGAAAAAGUGAUAGGAUAAAGCAUGGGGGGUGUCACAAGUGGAACAUGUCAUCUGAACUCCUGUAAAUUCCAUGAAGCUGGGUAAUAGUAUGGAUAAAUGUGUUGCCUGGAAGCAUGGUUUAUGUCUAGUCUACAGAAUUCCUAGGAAGAAAUUGUUAUUGGUUAAAUCUAAAUAGUACAGCCAGCUUGCUUCUCGAUGGCUGUCCUUGGCACAAAAGAAGAUGCUUGUUCUUGUUUGCCCCUUGGAGAUGGCUGAUGAGGAUGGGCAUUUCCAUGUGGGUUGGGAUAUAAAUUGACAUGAGUGCCUUUCCAAGGCCUUAUCCAAGGUCUGAAAUUACCCCUACCCGUCUUGAUUUGUCUUUUAUGUGUGUGCAAUGUUGUUUUUCUUUUGAAGUAUGUUUCUGUGUCGUGUGCAUGUGCACGCAACUAGAGGGGGGGAUAUAGGGUGGGAAGGUUCACAGUGUUAGGAAUUUUCCACUGAAGACUCAUGCUCCUACAUCUUAAUUCCCUAGCCUCUCCUAGUAUGUUUGUGCAACCAGGGCAAUGACUAUGCUUCUGGGCACAAUUGCCUUGCAAGCUGCUUUUGUUCAAGUGAGGUCAAUAUGAUCUUCCACUAGAAAGUAACCCAAAGCCUUUCUCUGCAGCACUGGAAGUCUCUUCUCUCUUGUGAAUACCAGCAAAGCAGCCUAACGCUGCCAAGAAAAUCCCACUCUUAACCCUACAGGACCAACAAUUUUUCCUGAACAUUUCAGCUUCCACUGGAUAGCUGCCUGUGUUAUGCUGGUCUGCCUGCCUGUAGGCUGCAGGGUUUGGCCAUCUCCAGAUCUAGCCAGGAUCUGCUGUGUGUUAGCCUUUGACAGUCCAGCCAUCGCUAACCUUUGAUGUGGCCUCGUCUGAAUAAUUGUUAUUUGGCUACUCCUUUGGUAAACUGCUAGCUAUUGCAUCUGCGUACUGGGGUGUGACUCAGUAUUUUUGGUUCAGCUGCUAAUAAAUUGGUGCUAAAGAUGGAUAUCGUUUAGCUUACAUGAUGUUCCCUCUUAAUGGUCUGACUUUUACAGCUGGCAAUUGCUUGAUCUGUUCAUUCACUCACCUGCUGCAACCUUUGAUUUCUUGGCCCUUCCUCUGCUCUACAAAGGGCAGAAUCUGUCUCUCCCUGCUCCAGCCUUCCUCUCUUUCAGUACUGGAAUAGGAAGGCUAUAGAGAGCUUGAUGGCCUCUUCUAUGUUAUCAGUAUUGGCCAGAAGCAGUACUGAAAUAAAACUUAUUCCUUAGAAUCUGGGCCCUUCUCAUGACCUUGUUGGUUAAAAUGGAAUUGAUAUUAAUGCUUCUCACAAAGAAGAGAAUUCAGAGCACAGCCCAGUUCUUUCUGUGGCUGGCUGCAAAACUGCAUUCAAGGCCAUCUGAAAUUGAUUGAUACAGCCCCAGAUUGACAAGGGGAAAUGGGAAGUAGUGUUGACACAAGGCUCCUUUUGCCUUUAAUAAUGCUGGAAUAAAGGUUGGGAGAAAGUGAGGGAAGGAAGGGAACCAUCCUUGAAUGCAGCUGAGCAGUGCCACUUACUUCAGGUGAGACUGAAUGGCAGCAAAACCUGCAAGGAAAUUGCAGAAGAGCAGGUGGGGGCUUAGUCCAGGAGCAGAGUUCUUCCUGGAGUUCCUCUUGCACAGUCCUGCAUCUUGGCCCUUUAUAUCUUGCUCAUCUCUGGCAGUAUUAUCUUGGGCAGCUUGAGUUGCUGUCUGUAGCUGCCCCACAUUUACAAUUUACUCAAGACUGUUAAUCUGUGACUAAUAUGUUUUUCUGAAAUUUUCAAACUGAUGAUGUAUAUUUUAAAGCCAGAAAUAAACUAUUUUAAAAUUA